AUGGAUAUAUCAUUUGAGGGAUUUUAUCCUUAUAUCGAGUUCUUUGACGAAGAGAAUGUUCAACCAGGGAAAGAAGAAUCGCCAGACCUUGCUGAGUCUUCUAUACCUAGCGUGCUUGAUUCAAUCAUGAAAGUACCUUUGGACUUAUCGGCGAAGACCUCUUCAAAACUCUCUGUUUCGAUGUGCCCGGCAGCUACUGGAAUUGUCGACAGUGAGGGUGUUUGUGAAUCUAAGUCUUUCCCCAAUCUUUUGGAGACGCCGAUCUCGGGGGUGUUGGAUGGAACUGCUCACGAGUCAGUGCUUGUUUUGAAGGAUUCAGAAACUUCAGAAGUGGUUGACGAUGAGGCUAUCGUAUCCAAACCUUCCGAAGUAGAGAUAGUGAGUGGGAUUAUCUGCGAGUCAGAGCCUCCUUUGAAGGGUUCAAAAAUAUCAGAAGUAGUUGAUGAUGAAGCUCUGGUAUCCAAACCUUCCGAGGUAGAGACAAAGUAG